AUGGAUAAGGAAAAGUCGAGCAACUCUCCAUCAAAGCACCAUCACAACGAGCUUCCUUUCAUGGCCAGACUUGCAGAGGAAUUGCGUACACUGGCUUCUACCGAGAAGGAAGUAUUCAGUCCCAUAUUAAAACGGUGGCAUCCGCUUGCAGCCACCGUAGCAAUCGUCACCCUUCAUUCCUGCUACGGGAAUGAGCUCAAGCAAUAUAUUUCCGGCAUCGACGAACUGUCGCCGGAUAUUUUACGAGUGCUGAAAGUUGCAGACAAAUUGGAGAAAGAUUUGGUGCAAAUGGUAGUUGAGAGUGAAGAUGGUGGGAAGUCAAUCAUAAGGGAGAUGGUACCUUAUGAGGCAGAAUCUGUCAUUUGUGAUCUGGUUAAAUCAUGGAUAACCACCAGAACUGAUAGAUUGAAGGAAUGGGUUCACAGGAACCUGCAACAAGAGGCAUGGGAUCCCAAGGCCACUAGGGAGCGUUUUGCUCUAUCUGCAGUUGAUGUGUUGCGUAUUGUAGAUGAAGCUGUUGAAGCAUUCUUCUCGUUACCAAUAACUAUACAUGCGGAUUUGCUUCCCGAUUUAGCCACUGGGAUCAAUGACUGUCUUCAAUAUUACAUUUCCAUGACAAAGUCCGGCUGUGAGAGCAGUAGUUAUGUACCCACAAUGCCGCCUUUGACGAGAUGUUCUCAACCCUCCAAGCUUCCCAGUGUGUUCAAGAGAAAAGAAAAGGCUCAUAAGAAGCCUCAUGCUGGGACUGCAACUGCCAAUGACAGUGAUUCCUCCGGGACACCCCAAAUGUGCUGUCGAAUUAACACACUGCACUAUCUUCAAACUCAGUUGGAUGGAUUGGCGAAAAGGGAAACUCAUGAUAUUUCCAAUGGGAACAUGGAGAAAGCGUUUAGAGUCUCAGCUGAUGCAUGUGAAGAAGGGAUCCAACAGCUAUGUGAAGCAACGGCGAACAAAGUCAUCUUCCGUGACCUAACUCAUCUCUUCUGGGAUGGUUUGUAUGUCGGGGAAGUUUCAUCUUCAAGAAUUGAUCCUUUUCUUCAAGAGCUCGACCACCAUUUGGAGGUCAUUUCAUUAAAGGUGCAUCACAAGGUUAGGACACGGGUUAUCACUCAAGUGAUGCAGGUUUGUUUCGAUGGUUUCUUGCUGGUUUUACUUGCCGGAGGCCCUGCUCGUGCGUUCACCCUGCAGGAUUACGAGAUGAUCGACGAGGAUUUUAGGUGUUUGACUGAUUUGUUUUGGUCUAAUGGAGAUGGACUCCCGGCUGAGUUGGUGGAAGAGUUCUCCACCACUGUUAAUGAGAUUCUCCCCUUGUUCCAAACAGAUACAGAGAGCCUGAUCGAGAAAUUCAGGAAUUUAACGCUCGAGAGUUGCUCUUCUUCUUCUACUACUAAAUCAAAGCUUCCAUUGCCACCCACCACCGGUCAUUGGGAUCCCACUGAACCCAACACAGUUUUGAGAGUUUUGUGUUAUAGGAAUGACGAAAUAGCAGCUAAGUUCCUUAAGAAGGCUUAUCAAUUGCCCAAGAAACUCUAA